AUGGUGGCCAGAUCAGUAAAGGAAAUUGUUGGGAAAGGUAAAAUAUUUUGCACAUGGUCAAUGAUUGUAUUGUUAUAUAUUUUGCAUUUAUAUUUGCUCUCAAAUAUUUAAUUAUUCCAGUUACAGUAUCUAUGCACUGAGUUUAUUUAUAAUAUAAAACACCAUAAAUAAAUUUAAAAUGUGAAAAAUUUUAUUCAUAAAAAAUAAAACAUGUAUGCCCUAUUAAAAUCAGCACAUACUGUAUUUGUUUAAUACAAACUUGCACUGUAAGUGGAAGAGAAGUAAAGACACGCCUUGUGCCUAUUUCAGGUUUUAUUGUCAAGGCAUGUUCACUGGUCAGAUUUAAUAUUCUGUCUAUAUAAUUUCUGAUCCUCCUCUUCACUCAUGACAGAUGUGAUCCAUUGGAUUAGUGGACAACAGUAUUAUUAGGCUGUUGUUUCAUACUUGGAAAAAUGUGUAACUGUUGCUGUAUUAUGUGAUUUUAAUCAUAUUUAUAAUAGAAGGGAGAAUGGGUCAUUCCAGAAAACAUCCAUACCACCCCCACAAAGGAAAUAGGGAGUUAACCCCCCCUACCCCCUUCGGAUGUCCUAAUACAUUUACUAUUAUCAGAAAUUUCCUCCGUGGGGGGAGUGUGGAUCUUUUCUGGAACGACCCAAUACAAUAUAUUCACUCAAGCAAUAUACAGUACAGUGCAUGCAAAUAUAUAUAUUUUGGACCAUUUUCAAGGUCAAAAUUUUUAUUGUAGAUUUCUUGUAUUUGAUAAUGUUGUGCAUAAUUCAGUUGCCAUAUAUUAAAGAUCGGUCCUUCUAUUUCAGGGGCUGUAAAACUGGGGUUUUCAGGUGAAAACACAGCCAUAUACACACUGGUGUUGGAAUCAGAUGGGACAGAAGUUGAUGAAGAAUAUUUUCUUUUUGUUGAAUCAAAUACAACGCUCAUUCUCCUUCGACCAGGAGAAAAAUGGGAGCAGUUCCAUCAAGGUAUAUGAAAGCAUGAUGAAGUUAUCAGUGUAUAAUGAUUUACUAUGAUAUUAAGAAUGUUACCCUCUUUAAAUAUAAAACUUUUUAUUAUUAUAACAAGAUGCCUGCUCAGGCGUUUGCAAUGGCCGAAAAAUGACAGCAUGCAGGGUUCCCAAUAGAAUUUGGAGUAGGAGGCUUUUCGAAAGAAGUAAACGGCUAUGCGGUGCCGAAGGUACCUCACCGAGGAGGUUUCGAGGGCAUCUUCCUGUGAAGAUUUUUUUUAACUUUAGAUUUUUGCCGUCUAUGGUGUAGACAAUCACUGGCUAUUUCUUCAGAUUAUAAACCAAAGUAUUUCCUCCUUACCAAUGAAAUGCUUUACAGUUUUUAACUUACCUUAUAUUCUGUUAUUUGUUGUGAUUUUGGAGCCGUUGUGCUCGCACUGAUUAUUUAUCAAUUAUCAGGAUUUAAUAUCGAAAUACUCGAUUUUUAUAUACUCAAACUGAAACGGAGCCAUUGUGCCCAUAUAGUUUUUCAAAACUUCAAAACUACUGUACUGCACAUUUUGUAAAUAACAUGAAAUAUAAAUAUCAAACAAAAUUUGAAUUAUAAAUAGUAUUUAUACAUACUAUUGAAAUGUAAUACAAUGAAAUAGCAACCAUUGUGAAGUAUGCAUAAGAUUCAAUAUAGUGUAAAUUAACUCAUUUCAAUCGCUCAAACGUCAAAAUGACUAAUAAUAAUUUUCAAUCGAUUAUAGUAAUUCACCUUUAAAAAGUUACAAUAAAGCUAAAUCUAAAGGAAUUAACGUUACUUAGCUAUAAAUUUGUAAAGGAAAUCUAACAGUUAAUCACUUUUGAUAUAACCUUGACCUUAAUAAUGUUAUUAUUACCGUCACUUGCAACUAACUAUUAACGAUGGCUUAUAAAAAAAUAUUGCCUAUUCGUGUGUUUCUGCUGGGGUCUACACCGUAGGCUAAUUCGCGAAAGAAUCUUAAGUUUUCUUAUUUUGACAUAAUAGCUAUUUUUCAAUAAAUAUAUUGAUUUUAAACUUAUUGAAUCAAUAUUUUAAGUUGUACCAAAGGUUAUAAGCGCUAUAGCGCAUCAUAUUAAAGUUUCAGAUGGCAUGCAACAUGUACGCACUGCGUACCUAUUUUUUAACUUGCUAUAGACUUGUAUGUGCAUGUAGUAAUUGAUGUACCAGUACAUGAAUGUACCAUCCAGGUCUAUAUAUAGGAAGUUAGGAACUUGCCUAUACGUUACAUAUAGAAAACUUUUUUCCAACCAGCUGUAGGUCAAAAAUUGGACAAGGUCAACGAAGUUUUAUCAUGUGAAUCAAAGUCUUCAACAAGGACUGGCCAACGAACUCUUAUAGUAUCAAACAACAGUUUGCAGCUUGGGGGUGAAAUAGAGGUAUAAUUUAUAACCUUCACUUUAAUUUUAGUGUAAUCAGAGGCCACAGAAGUGGUCGAAAAGUUGUGGAGGACACUGAUACAGUAAAAAAGGCACUUUUGAAUACGAAUAAAAUUAAUGAGAUACCAUUGUUACCAUGCUCUGUACUACAUAGCGAAACACAUGAAAUGAAAUAAUUCAAAGAUUGACAUACAUGAAAGUUUAAUAAAAUCCUAGUAUAUUACUUCUUGUAUGGGUCGUUUCACAUAGAAUAGUUUCACUUCAACAACAAAUCUUACAUGUAUGAAUCCCAUGACAGGGGAUUUUCAUGUGAUCUAAAUCGUGCACACAUGUGUUUCACAGUUUUGUAAAACGAACAGAUAUCCAGAUCAAACUUCUUAGUUGUUGUUUCUUUCCUAAGGCUGUUCAUAAAGAAUCUCCAACAGCAAAUGUAAAAAUUGAGCUUUCCAAGUUAGCUGAAGAAAGCACCAUUUUCAAGUGUCCCAAUCCAACAAGCUACAUGAAGAAGGUGAACGAUGCUAGCAUGCAACUUGCCAAAGAAGAUGUUAAGCUUUUACAGAAAAAGGGAGAGUUAUUUGAGCUUGCUAAAAAAAGGGUUCACGAGAUGGGGUAUUCAUAUGCUAAGCGUUCCUCAAGAUCAAAAGUGUUUGGCAACUGCAGUUCUGAAUCCUCGACAGUAAGUACCAAGAGGAAGUAUAUUUCCACCACUGCACGAGAAGAACGUAUUGACGAACUAUCAGAAUCUGUAAAAUCUGUUUCGGAGACCAUUCAGCUGCUACUAAAGCAAAAAGAACAGUAUGCCAAUGUAAAUAAGUUCCAGCAAGCUGCAGAUGUCAAUGCAUCUAUAAUGGAGAAAAUGAGCGAAAAACGGAAGUUAGAGAAGGAGUUGAGAGCUUUACAGGAAGCAAGAGAAAAGUCCAGAAAUUACAAAAAGAAAAAGAGUUCUCACAGCCUCAGAAAAGGUAAUUCCGAUUCACAGAAUCAAAGGCAACUAUCUUGGAGUGAAAGCAGCAAGUCACAUAGCAGUGAAAAAAGUGGAGAGAGUAGUGGUGGUGAUACCGUUGUAUUGUCGGAUAGCGAGUUGAUUCCAAAAAAUGAUCAAGUCAUAACAGUAGAAGAUGGCUCAAAUGAGGAACCAGAAAACCAGUUGGACAAUAAUGCUCGUGACGCCUCCAGCUUGAAGAAACAGGUUGGGGCAAUUAUUGCAGCCUACAGUGAAAUCGUUGAAGAGUCUACCAAGGUGCCAGAAAAUUCAUGUGCCAAAACUGCUGAACAGCCACAAAAUUUUUGA